AUGAUAAAGUUACCCCCACUGAAGAAUAAUAGAUCUCCAUCCUCAAUUAGAGUAACUAGUAAGCCCCCUCUUCCAUUGAGUAGAUCCUCUUCACUUUCAGAGGAUAUGUCCCCAUGUAAUAUUUCAACUCCCAAAGUGCCAUCACAACCACCACCACCACCGUCAUCAUCAGCAGGAGCAGCCUCAUCAUCAUCAUCAUCAUCACCACCGGCAUCAUCUUCAUCAUCAUUACAACCUCCAUCACCACACCCACCAUCCUCUUCUUCAGUAUUAUUAGCAUCAUUGGUGUCACCUCCACCACCCUCAUCAUCAUCAUCAUCAUCAUCAUCACCACCAAUACCAACAUUAUCAAUACCAUCAUCAUUAUUGUCAUCCUCAACAUCACCAUUAUCGCCACUACCACCACCAUCACUACCUCCAUCAUUACCGCCAUCACCUUCCUCAUUAUCAUCUCAUUUUACUCCAAGUCCGUCCAACUACCCUGUUGGUCAUAUCAAUUCCGAAUCUUUUCCAAUUGAUGCGGACCAGUCAUUGAAAUCCCCAUCUCCAUCUUCUACGAUCCCACCAUCUGUACAUGAACCAUCAUCAUCUAGUUGUUUAUCUCAGCAUCCUUCAUCAGAACAUGACAGAACCCAUCCCGCCAAAUAUAUCUCCUCCAUUUCAAUUCCUCCUCGACAUUCCGAAGCAGCACCGUCAUCUUCAUCAUCGCUUUCACUUCCAAAUCCAUUACCAGAAACAGAUCCAUAUACAUCCUGUAUACUUUCAACCCCCAUGUCCAUUCCUGUCUCGUUAAUAAAAAAUAUGCCUUCCCAAAGUUCUUUGAACAAAUCUCUGAAUGAUUCCUCUUUAUCAUCAUCAUCAACAUCAUCCUCAUCUCAGCCUUCACAACCCCAUCUUUCUGGAGUUCAUGAUAUUCAGCAAUGUCCCCAGUCAUGCCCCCAAACCAUCCCAGUUCUAGGUAACGGUAAUACUCAUAAGUCAGGACCCUUACCGUCCUCAAGUACUGUAGAGGGUGUCCCAUUGCCAGAUCCUUUUCCGUCACCCUCAACCUUUCACCAACCCCAGGUAGAAUCAAGUUCAAACCCAACAUCCCUAUCAUCCACUCCAUCACCUUGGACACCUUCACCCUCUACCACUUCUCCUGUAUCACCUUCCACUUCAUCUUAUCUGAUAUCUUCCUCACCCCUUUCACCUUCCUCAUCUUUAUCAAUGUCAAUGGCAUCACCAUUAAUGUCCUCUCCACCACUUCCAAAUUCAUCAUCAUCAUCCCUUGUGCUGUCACCACCACCAUCUUCGCUUUCCACUCUCUCCUCCUCCACCCCGCCCUCCCCAUCAUCACCGCCCCUCUCACCUGCCUUUUUCCUUCCUUCCUCUCCAACAUCAUCCUCCUUAACACCGUCAUCCUUCCUGUCAUCAUCGUCCUCAUCAUCAUCAUCGUCGUCGUCCUUGACCUUGCUAUCGCCCACCUCCUCAUUGUCAUCCUUGAUGUGGGGCCCAGGAGAGAGUAAAGAUGAAGAAUGCAUGAAAGAAGAUCCAUUUGCCUCCAGAGAUGGGAAGGUUUUUACCUCUUCCUACUACGUCUCUCCAAACAAAGACGCCUCAUCAGGAUGGCGCCCCAUCCCCUUCUCUUCUCCCCCUGUCCCCCCUCCCCCAGGGGAUGUAACUGACACAGAGGAGGUUCCUAAAGUUCCCCCUAAACCCAAGUCGGUCAAGACCAACAUUUGGCUGUCAGCCAACCAGCCAAGUCAGGAGCAGGGUAAUACCAUUUCCCCAUUUAGGGGUGUUUACUGUCGGCAUGGACUCCUCUGUGAUUUAAAUGUGAAAGUAUUUUUGCAUGAUCUUUGUCGUCUAAUCGAGAUGUUGACUGAUCAGCAUGAAGCAACGGAAUUGGGAAAGAUUUAUGUUACUGUCAUUAAAGCACUAACAUCACCAUUUAUACAUCAUCUGCUUUAGAGUCACAAGGACUUUAUCACUUCCAUACAACGUACAAGUCAUUAAUCAUUGUACCAUCGUUGAAUGUAGCACGUAGGCAUUUUUUCUUCUUUAAACUUUAUAUACCCUUUCUGCCAGAUAUGUGAUGGACUUAAAUUCAUUGUUGUCAUUAAUAU